AUGAAUGGGCCAACUGUGUCAAACGGCACCAUAAACGGGCACACCAACGGUCAUAUCACAAAUGGCACAAAUGGGACGAGUGUGUACACGAAUGGUCACACUAAAGCUCCCGGCCAUUUCGAUAGAGUCGGUAAUGGGGUGACAUCCAAUGGAUGUGAAGGAAGCCAGACCAAAAGCUUCUGUCCAGAGCCCAUCGCAAUAUGUGGCAUGUCAGUGCGUCUACCAGGUGGUCUGCACUCACCACAGCAAUUAUGGGACUUUCUGAUCUCGAAGGGCGAUGCCCGUGGGCCCGUCCCGGAAUCACGAUACAAGGUAUCAUCUUUCUACUCUGAAACAACCAAACCCGGAACCGUGAAGACGGAAUACGGGUAUUUUCUUGACGAGACUAUUGAUAUUGCGACCGUUGACACAUCAUUUUUCACUAUGCGCCGUGCUGAAGUCGAGCGGGCAGAUCCACAACAGCGUCAAAUGCUCGAGGUCGCUCGCGAAUGCAUGGAGGAUGCAGGUGAGAUGAAUUGGAAAGGGCGACCAAUUGGCUGCUACAUGGGGAGUUUCGGGGAAGACUGGACGGAAAUGUUUGCCAAAGAGAAUCAGCAGUACGGUUUAUACCGAGUUACUGGGUACGGAGACUUCAUGCUACCGAACCGAGUGUCUUAUGAGUUGGACUUAAUGGGCCCCAGCAUGGUCAUUCGCACCGGCUGUUCUGCCGCUCUUGUGGCAUUGCACGAAGCUUGUCUGGCUAUCAACCGCGGUGACUGCGAGGCAGCCAUUGUUGGCGGUGCCAACCUGAUCAUGGCUCCGGGCAUGACAACUGCCAUGACAGAGCAGGGUGUUCUAGCUCCGGACGGCUCCUGCAAGACUUUCUCCGCAGAUGCCAACGGCUACGCUCGAGGAGAGGCCGUUACUGCUAUUUUUAUAAAGCCUCUAGCUGACGCCAUCCGCGAUGGUAAUCCAGUUCGUGCUGUAAUCAGGGCAACCGCCUCCAAUAGCGAUGGGAAGGGUACUGCGGGUGGCAUCCAAGUCCCCAAUGAUAUUGCGCAGGAGGCAAUGAUCCGACGAGCUUAUGAGUUGGCUGGUAUUCAGGAUUACUCGGAAACAGCUUUUGUGGAGUGCCACGGCACAGGGACCCCAAUUGGAGAUCCUAUCGAAGUUCGGGCAGUCGGUCGGGUGUUUGGUCCUGCCGGAGGCGUCCAGAUCGGAUCAGUCAAGCCCAACCUUGGUCACUCAGAAGGCGCAUCAGGCUUGACUUCAUUGAUCAAGUCGGUUCUCGCGCUUGAAAACCGCACUAUUCCUCCGAACAUCAAGUUUAACGAACCCAACCCCGAUAUCCCAUGGGAGGCAUGUGGACUGUCUGUUCCUGUGGAACCCAUGCCCUGGCCUGUUACUCGUCGUGAGCGAGUGAGUGUGAAUUCCUUCGGCAUUGGAGGCACCAAUGCACACCUUUGGGCUAUCUCCUGUCCCCACACGGUCUACAACAUCUCCCCAAAUACUUCUUUUUCCGCCAAUCAUGCAGACUCGCUGGAGAAAAUGAUCGAAAACUACGAGGGAUAUGUCGAGAAGAACCCAGACAGAGUCACUGAUUUGGCAUUCACAUUGGGAACUCGGAGGGAGCAUCUGCCGUAUCGCAGCUUUGCUGUGGCUAGUCCGCUUGGUUCUAUCACCAAAUCAUCUGCAUCCAAGGCUGGUGAGGCACCGGAUAUAGCCAUGGUAUUUACUGGACAAGGUGCCCAGUGGCCACAGAUGGGUCGGCGGCUUCUUCGCAGUCCUGAGUUCCCUAUUUUUGAAAGGACCAUCAAAAAACUUGACCAACACCUACGCACACUUGAAAAUGGGCCCGACUGGAGCAUACAAGAAGAGCUUCAAAAGCCAACCAAGACAAGUCGGCUUAGCCAGGCUGAGCUCUCUCAGCCGCUCUGUACAGCAGUUCAAGUUGCCCUUGUUGACUUGUUGGAAUCUAUUGGAGUUGCUCCAACUGCCGUUGUAGGUCACUCCAGUGGUGAAGUUGCUGCCGCCUAUGCCGCCGGUGCUCUUACUGCAAACGAGGCCAUCACCGUUGCAUAUUAUCGAGGACAAGUCGCUAAACUUCAAACUAAACCAGGGGCGAUGGCAGCAAUUGGAAUGGGCUCUGAAGAAGUUCAGCGCUACUUGCAACCCGGUGUCAUUGUGGCCUGCGAGAAUUCUCCUAAGAGCAUCACUUUGGCCGGUGACCGUGAGGCAGUUGAGGGUUCUGUAGCAGCGAUCAAGGAAAGUCAACCCGAUUUGCUUGCACGACUUCUACAAGUAGACAAAGCCUAUCAUUCACACCAUAUGGCCGAAGUGGGCGACAGCUACCACGCGAUGAUCGGGGAACAAGUCUCACCCAAGAGCCCUACAAAGCUGUUCUUCAGCAGCGUCGAGGAGAAACUGCUUACCCAAGCCUCAGACUUUGGACCUAAAUACUGGCAAAAGAAUCUGGAAUCUCCCGUCCGCUUCAAUUCUGCUAUUACGACAAUCCUCCAACACAAGAUUGCGAAGAACUUGGUGUUCCUUGAAGUUGGCCCACAUUCAGCCCUUGCAGGCCCCUUACGGCAAAUUCAAACGAAGCUGUCGAACUCGUCUCCGUAUGCGUCCGCACUCAUUCGCAACCAGAACGAUGUGGAGUCAUUCUUGACAGCCAUUGGGAAAUUGUACACUUUGAAUAUCCCAAUCGAUUUUACCAAGGUUAUUACAAGAGGCUCUAUUCUUCCGGAUCUCCCGCGAUAUCCCUGGAAUCAUUCCGAGAGAUUUUGGUAUGAGUCUCGCCUGAGCAAGGAAUGGAGAAACCGCCAGCAUAAAUAUCAUGAUUUGCUUGGUGUCCGUGUGCCUGAAAGCCUGGAAUUCAAUAUCUUGUUCCGCAACCUGUUCCACUUGGAAAAUGCGCCAUGGAUCCGAGACCACAAGGUUGGAGAAGACAUCGUCUUUCCAUUCGCAGGUUACGCUGGUAUGAUUGGCGAGGCAGUACGACAGAUAACUGGAGUUGAAGAUGCAUAUAAACUUCGCAACAUCGUUGUAAGCACUGCUCUUGUCUUAAAUGAGGGCCAGCCGGUUGAGAUUAUGACAACUUUCCGUCGACUUCGCUUGACGGAUUCUCUUGACAGCGAGUGGUGGGAGUUCACAAUUGCGUCAUACAAUGGUACGGUCUGGACAAAGCAUUGCUCUGGCCAGGCAAGAUCUCAUAGCGAGGAUUUUGGUACAGCGGAAGUGAAAGCCCCUCUACUGCGCAAGGUUGGCACCCGCCGUUGCUAUGAAUCCAUGAGCAAAUCUGGCCUCAACUUCGGCCCUACCUUCCAGCGACUUGAGAGUGUCAGGUCGGAUACAGUUCAACGCAAUGCAACUGCCGAGGUUACGGCAAAGGAAGGCGAAGGCAACGGGUACCACUUGCAUCCGACGGUCAUUGACGCAUCCCUGCAACUCCUCAGUGUGGCUGCAUCUAAGGGCUAUGCCGAUCCAACAACCAAAAUGAUGGUUCCUACAAAUAUCGAGGAGAUGUCGAUCUACCGGCACUCCGAGAAUGUUCAAGUGCGAGCUUCUGCAGAUUACACCCCCAACGGUUCCAUCACCGGAAGCGGCCAAUGUGUUGCUUCAGACGGCAGACUCAUUCUUCGCAGUACAGGUAUCAGAUUGUCAGUCGUGGAUGAUCAAACCUCUGAUGAUGGUGGUGAGCCUACAGCCCGUGCUGAAUGGGGCCCGCACAUAGACUUUUUGGACGCGAACACGCUUAUCAAGCCCUCAGUCGACCGUAGUGCUCACAUGCCCAUUCUAACCGAGCUUUCUAAUUUAUGCAUGUUUCAUACGAAACGCGUUAUUGCUGAGCUGGAAACUACAAUUAGACACAUGCAGAACUACCGCUCAUGGAUCGACCGCCAACUUCAAUCAGUCGAUACUCGCGGUCUUGAAAGACUUGAUAAUAACGCGAUUGAACAGCGUGUGACCGCUAUAGUCGAACAGCUAUCUCAAACAUCCGCUGUUGAUGCCGCUGUGGCCAUCAAUAAGAUCUUCAGGAAUGUCGAACUGAUCUUCACCGGCAAACUCGAGGCCUUGGACCUCCUUCUAUCAGAUGAUACAUUGAGCAAACUAUACAUCUUCAUGGACCAAUGCGAUGAAUCCCAGUUCUUCAAACAUCUUGCUCAUAGCAAGCCUAAUCUGCGGGUUCUUGAAAUUGGUGCUGGAACUGGUGGAUCCACAGAAAACAUCCUGAAGCUACUAACCCCCGGGGACAAGGCUUUGUACUCCAAAUAUAUGUUCACUGAUAUCUCUUCUGGCUUCUUUGUUGCCGCAAAGGAGCGCUUUAGAAACUAUUCAAAUAUGGAAUAUGCCACACUCGAUAUUAGCAAGAGUCUCGCUGAGCAAGGCUUUGAGGAACAGAAAUACGAUCUGAUCCUCGCAACAAACGUGAUUCAUGCUACGAAGUCUCUCAGGGAGAGCUUGAGCAAUGUUCGGGAGCUCUUGGACCCGAACGGGCGCCUCUUGCUCCACGAGCUAUCAUCGACCUCCAAAUGGGUCAACUAUGUUUGGGGAACGUUGGCUGGAUGGUGGUAUGGUGCUGCUGAUGGCAGAGCAGACGAGCCAUACAUUAGCGUUGAGCGCUGGGCACGAGAGUUGGAGACUGCAGGGUUCCGCACACCCGAUGCCGCCGUUCUUGAUUCCCCCGAACCUCACCAACUCAAUGCUAUGAUCGUGGCCCGGCCCGCACUCGCGAGGGUCUCGAAGAAGGAAGUCACCAUACUGACCCUGCCGGAGUCAGAAAACGGGACACAAAUAUCCCGCUGUCUCCAGAGUCGUGGCUUUACCGUUCAAAGCUCCCUCUUGAGUGAUGCGCCAUUACCCGCUGGACGGGAUAUCAUUGCCCUUCUCGAUGACGAGGGUCCAUUUUUUGAAAACAUCGGAGAGCAUCGACUUGAAGCUUUCAAGAAACUCAUUAGUACCUUGAAAGACUCCGGUAUUUUUUGGAUUACCGGCCUAUCACAGAUGAAUUGCCAAGAUCCGCGAUUCGGUCAGGUCCAAGGAAUUGCCAGAACCAUUCGAUCCGAGAUGCUCGUUGAUUUCGCCACCUGCGAGGUUGACCAUGUUGGUUCUUCCAUGGAGAGGAUAGUUGAUGUGUUUGAGAAGUUCCAGCUUCGUGAGGAAGACGAAACCCUCAAGCCCGAGUUCGAAUUUGCUAUCGUGGAAAAUUCCGUUCACGUUGGGCGUAUUCACCCGUUCUCUGUACAGAGCGAACUCCAGGAAUCAAAGUCAGAUGGCAGCAUUGCUCUCCGUACCAGUAAGCCAGGUCGUCUGACGGCCUUGCACUGGGCCCGACAGGAAAUAGGAGUAUUAAAGGGCGACGAGGUUGAGGUCGAAGCCUACGCGACCGGCUUGAAUUUCAAGGAUGUUCUAUGUGCUAUGGGGAUUGUGGAGGCUUCUGAGAACGGGUUUGGUCUUGAGGCUGGUGGUAUUGUGCGACGGAUCGGCCCUCAUGUCAAGGACCUCAAAGUUGGAGAUAGGGUUAUGCUUAUCGCGCAUUGUGCCUUUGCAACAGAAAUAGUUGUGUCUGAGAAUCUGUGUGAAAAGAUCCCAGAUGGUCUUGGUUUCGAGGACGCUGCUACCAUGCCUUGCGUGUUUGCCACGUCCAUCUACUCUAUCUUCAACAUUGGAAACCUUCAAAAAGGACAGUCCAUUCUCAUCCACAGUGCCUGUGGUGGUGUUGGUCUUGCUACGAUUCAGCUCGCUCAGAUGAUCGGCGCGGAGAUCUAUGCAACUGUCGGAAACGAUGAAAAGGUCAAAUAUCUCAUGGAUACAUUUGGGCUUCCUCGGAAUAGAAUUUUCAAUUCCCGCAAUGCAUCAUUUGCGGACGAUGUCAUGCGAGAGACUAAUGGUGAAGGCGUGGACCUGGCCUUGAACUCCUUGUCUGGUGAACUGCUACACGCGACAUGGAAAUGCAUCGCUGUGUUUGGUAAGAUGGUUGAAAUCGGGAAGCGUGACUUGAUUGGGUCUGGAAAGCUUGAUAUGAGUACUUUCGAGGACAACCGGAGCUAUUGCUGCGUUGACCUGGAUCAAAUUUGUUUCCGAAAACCUAAGAACAUCGUCAAUCUGGUCCGGGAGCGGCAUAUAAACCCGAUUCAACCGAUCAAGGUUUUCAGCUCCGAUGCUAUCCUCGAUGCAUUCAGGUAUAUGCAACAAGGCGUCCACCUUGGUAAGAUUGUCGUAGCAAUGCGAAAAUCUACGGGGAAGACAAGCAUGCUAGCCGAGGUCAAGGAGAAACCAAAGGCUGUUCGGUUUGAUCACACUAGCGCAUAUCUGCUCGUCGGUGGACUAGGUGGACUAGGUCGAUCUAUCUCUACAUGGAUGGUCGAACGCGGGGCGCGUCACUUAAUCUACUUUUCCCGAAGUGCUGGCACAAAAAUUGAGCACCAGGAAUUUGCGCAAGAGCUGGCCAGCAUGGGAUGCCGUGCCGACUUUAUCCAGGGCGACGUUACCAAUCUUGAUGACGUGACAAGAGCUGUUGCACAAGCUCGAGGUCAUCUCAAGGGUAUUUUACAAAUGUCCAUGGUUCUGUCGGAUCAAAACUUCACUAGGAUGACGCUGAAGGAAUGGAAUACGGCUGUGAACCCCAAGACUAAGGGCACAUGGAAUCUCCACAAUGCAUCACUCCUUGCAGCGGCUGAUUUGGAUUUCUUCGUGUUCUUCAGUUCCCUUUCCGGCAUCAUCGGCCAGCCGGGACAAGCAAACUAUGCGGGUGCCAAUACUUUCCUGGAUGCCUUCUCGCAAUACCGGCAUAACUUGGGACUUCCAGCCUGCUCAAUAGAAAUUGGAGCAGUGGAGGAGGUGGGUUAUAUGGCCGAACAUGACACCCUGAUGCAGAAACUCAAGGGGUCUGGCGCAUCAGAUGGGACGGUCUCGGAGCGCGAGCUUCUUGAGGCUAUGGCUGCUGCAAUGACGUCGAUGUCCAAACCACCUAGAGAGAAGUUGGCAAACAUCUCAUCCAACAACUUCUCUCUCGGAUUUCGGUCCAAUAUCCCCCUGAGCAGUCCCAGCAAUCGUUCUCUCUGGAAAAAGGAUGUCCGCUUGGCUGUCUUCCACAACAUCGGGGAAGCAAGUGGCACGGCGGCUGCUGGCUCCAAUGAUACAUUGAAGUCUUUCAUUUCCUCGGCCAAGGGAGAUGCUGCACUGCUGAACAGUCCCGAGUCGGCACAUCUACUGGCAAUUGAAAUUGGCAAGAAAGUUUUCGGUUUCUUACUCAAGCCGGAGGAGGAUUUAAAGACCUCGUGCUCACUCUCCGAGCUGGGCAUGGACUCUUUGGUCGCGAUUGAAAUGAGACAGUGGUGGAAGACGAUCUUCGGUUUUGAUAUUAGUGUGCUAGAAAUGAUGGGUAUGGGGACCUUGGAUGCCCUGGGAGAACACGCUGCGAAAGGCAUGCUCAAGAUAUUCCACGGCUCUGAUGAAGAAUGA